UGGGGCGGAGGGCGUGAGCGGCGGCCGGCGAUGCCGGCAGGGCGGCGGUGAGCGGCCGCCGCCAUGGGCUGCGGGGGCAGCAGGGCCGACGCCAUCGAGCCCCGCUACUACGAGAGCUGGACGCGAGAGACUGAGUCCACCUGGCUGACCAACACCGACUCGGAGGGCCCGCCGCAGGAGGCCGGCGGCGAGGCGGGCGGCCGGGAGCAGGGCGGCCCGCGCCCCGGUCUUCUGGAGGAUGGGAAAUCAGCUCAGACUGGUGUAACUACAGCAUCAGCCACAGCUAGCACGCUGAACAGUGAGAAGAGGAAUAACUGUGCUCCUCCAUCUAUGAACCCUAUGGUCCACGUCACAGGGGCUAUGACGCAGAGACAGAAGAGCCUAAGGGCACCAGAGAGUAAAUGGGACUCACAAAAAAUAUCCACAAAAGAAGUCACCAUUAAUGUUACAAAAGGCAUCAGACAAAGUGACAGAAGGAAAACAAAGAAUUGUGUGAAUUAAGGAAGGAAAGCGCAGGUGAGGAUGGACCUAACAAUGCUUCACUACACUUUAAAUGUCAUCAGUCACUGAAGAUAUGAAGAUCUCCAGGUGUUCGUGUUGAAUACAGCAGGCAGCUGCCGCUGAGUGCCUUCAGAAACAAGUUUUUAUAGAAACCAGCUGCAGAUACUGCAGGAUGUUUAGAUGUCAUUUGUCUAAAGUAGUAGCAUGCUGCAGACAUAUGCCAAAAUUCAUGCCAUUCGAUUUUUACUAAGUCCUGUGCUAUCUCCUUGUGCAUGUCCUGUUCUGCAUUGCUAUUAGGAUGCGGCUGGAGGAUGAGAGAUAUGGUUCAUCACAACUUAAAACAGGAAAUGAACAAAUGAAUCUGCUCUUUCAGUCAUAAGGGGUUUUAAAUGUGUACGUUCAGACUGACAGAGUUCAUUUAAAGCACUCAAAUUUCAUGGAACUCAAACUUGGAGAUCUCUGAAAGAGAAAAAAUAGCUGGCUUCCACUAAAGCUCCUGUAAACUGUAUAUAUUGGUUAUAUAUAGUUAACUCAUAUAGGAACAUUUUUAUAGAGUAAUCUUUUCAUGACUUGGUUUUAAUUCAGUUUCCUUACAGACAGAAUUUAGGUCUUAAAACCAGUCAUUUUCAUAUCGAUCGGCCUUACUUGAAGUUCCUCAUCUUAGCCAGCAGGUAGGGCUCUGACUACUUGGCUAUUUUAUACACAUCCCUUUAAUUAUAUUGGGGCCCAGGCUUGGAAAAAAGUCAUCACUAAUAUUAUAUGAACGUAACCAUAAUUCUUAAAACACUAUUCCAAUUACAGCUCCCAAAACUAACUUUAUUUCACCAGAUAUAGUUGAUUUGCUGUGCAGAGCUUUUAAAAUUGCAUUGUAAGCAUCUUAUAUCAUGGUACUCUAUGUUUGUCAUAAAUACACAGCUAAAAGGAAUAUCAAUGUUCAGUGUAGCAAAGACCAGGAAUUAAUUCAACAUACUACUUCUUAAUAUGGAAGUAAUAAUAUAUAUUCUCAGUUAAUUUGUACAUUUACGAAGACAAAAGAGGUACAUUUAUAUCCUUCCCUCACCAGAUAUUUAUGAGCAUCCUUAGAGAGACAUUUACAAUGACUAUUCAAAAGUUGUUCAUAAAUAGAUGGUAUUGGGAAGAAAAUCUAUAUAUGAACUGAAAGAAGUCCUUUUUAUGUGUAGACAAGUAAGUAUAAAUAGAAUUAUCGGACUGAAUCCUAAUUUAUUCUAUAUUAGGAUCAUUCUAAUAGAUUGUUGGUAGGUGUGUGAGUACCUAAUACCUUCCUUAGACUACAACAAGUUUAUGCAAUAGGGAAUUAUCAAUUAUUCUGUCACAAAGGCAAACUGAAAUCUAGAGUCAAUGUGAGAUUUUUGCAUACAAUUGAAUAUGUAUAAGAAAUAUUUAUUUGUAGAUAUCCUAAAAAGGGGCAAAGAACUUGUGCUUUCUGCAGGUCAGUGCUUUAUCUGGCAAGUGAUCUUGUGCUAUAGAAGAACUUAAAAUAUUGAAAAUAGUGUAUGGGUAAACAGCAGUCUGUGAUGUCCUUUCAGCUUGUGGCUUUCUGCCAGCUUGCUGGCAUCAUAGAACAGGAAGGGUCUUGACUCACUCUAACAAUAAACAGUGGCUGUAGCAAUUCAGCAAUAUUAAUUUAGAAAUGGACAGCCAUUGUUGGUGGCCAUGUACUGACCUAAUUGAAUCCUGAUGCAUUCAGGAUUCUGCAUUAUUUGUGUAGAGCAGAAAAUGAACCAUUUCAGAUCUGUGCCAAACCCACCUCUGUUUCAAAGGAUUUACUGGAAGAAAGCGCAGUGGAAACCAUCGUGAUCCAGGAAAGCUACAGAAAGUGAUUAGUGAAGUUGAUAUGUGAAAGGAUAGAGGGGAUUUUGAAGCCAAAAAGAAGAUUCAUUAUAUAAGAAGCUGCCUUGGGUGGGUACCAUAUUAGGGUGAGUACAUGCAAGAACAAAGCAGUCGUGGCAGUAAAAUUAUUUACUAACUAAGAAAUGAUUUUGUAACUAUGUGCUGACCAGAUGCAUCUGCUGCCUUGGGUCACACAAGCCUGCAAUGAUGCACAGCUCUUUGGUAUAAGAAACAGCCCUAGCUGCAUGUUAGCAGUCAGCAGGGAGGAAAUUUUCAAGUCUCGUACUCAGAGCAUGAGAUGUGGCAGGCUGGUUAACAGGAGAUGGCCUUGGUAUAUGAUUAUCUGGACAAUGCUACAGACCUUGCAGAUGUCAAUCACAUUCCCCAUCAGGGUAGCAUCUGUGCAGUAGUGAAGGCUGACUGCCUUGGAUGAACCCUCUGCCUGCUCAUGGUAACUUUCCUGAGCUACUUCAAGAUCCCAUGAACCUAUUUAUAUCCUGAAAUUUAAUUUUAGGGCAUUCAAAGACUGGAUCAAACUUCUGUGGCACAAACCAUGUCUAGUUACAAGUAACUCUAUAAACUCUUCUCAUGUAACGUAUUGCUGUUCUUAUUCAUUAGGUGGUAACUGAAAAGAAAUGACAUUAUGUCUUAGGUGGCUUCUUAAUUCUUGAUGUGUAAGCUUCCAGUGACCUUAAUAAAUCUAAAAGCAUGUUGUGGAGAUGUGGAUACUGCCUCUGUACACAGCGUUAUUUUUAUGAUUUCUUUACUUUCCUUCCACUAGAGACAACCAAUUUGUUUAUAAAAUAUCGCACCACUCUGAAUAAUUAAGAGUGACAGAAUCUAGUCUAUACUGUUUAAGACAAUUUCAAGUCCCAAAAGUAGAUUCCUAUGCUGAUUUUAGUGGAAGAAGCAAGUUCAAAGGAUCAUCUAGACAUCUUCACUCCAAGUGGUCUUCUAGGAGUGAAGAGUCUUAUUUACAGGGUCUGUUCUUCAAGUAGCAUCUUUCAGAUACAAACGACUGGUGAGUUUUUAUUAUUUACCUGAGUUUAGGUUUUAAACUGAACCAAACUUACUU